AUGCCUAGAUCUCUUAAUUCUCAUAUAUCUAAUUUAGAAGCUGAAUCAUGUAAAGAGGAAAGAUUCUCUAUAACUAAAGAACAUGGACCAAAAGGAAGUGAUGACUUAGUAUUUCAUAAAGCUUCUUUCCCAUAUGAUUGGUUUAAUACAUCAGAAAAAAUAGAUGCUACUUCUCUUCUUCCUAUUGAGGCUUUUGACAGUAUUCUUAACAAAUCUAAAUACUCAGAAAAAGAAUCUUUUGAUAUAAUAAUAUUUAGAGAUUAUUAUAAUUUUUAUCUUAAUCUUGACAUACUAUUAUUAGCAGAUUGUUUAGAAGGAUUUCGCAAAUUAAUGAAAAGUAAAUUUGGAUUAGAUAUUGCUCACUAUGUUUCUCUCCUUUCAUUUGCAGAAGAUGCUUUAUAUAAAACUACAGAACAAGAGAUUAAGCUAUUUAUUGAUGAUAAUAUGUACCUCUUCUGUAAGAAAGGUAUCCAAGAAGGUAUUUCAAUGAUCUCUGAUAAUGCAGAAAAAGACUAUAUUUUGGAAGUUGAUCUUGACUAUCCAUAUAAAUUACACAAAGCUCAUACUUCAUAUCCUUUAGCUUCUGAAAAUAUCAAGAUUUCUAAAGAGGAAAUAAGUAAGCGUGAACAAAAGAUUAUUAAUGAUUUAAAAUAUUAUACAAAGACUAAGAAACUCAUUUCAAAUCUCAAUAAUAAGAAAAAGUAUAUAGUUCAUUAUCGAGCAUUACAAUUUUAUAUAAAGCAGGAAAUGGUACUUAUUAAAUUCACCAAGCUAUAG